UCAACAUAUAUGCAAAGAUACCGUCUGUCUUUAUUCCUCUUCCUUUACUUAAAAACUUUUCUAUGACUUGAAUCAACAUAAAGUUGAAUUGAGCUUUUUUGUUGUAGAUCUAGGCUGUAAUAAUUUAAUAUAGGAUAAUUCUGGGCCCUCUUUGUUUGAAUUUAUCACUUUCUAUUGGAUUUGGUUUGUAAUUGUAUACACAUUUAUUCCCCUCUUUUUUCCACUCUCUUUGCAUCUCUUGAAAUGAUGCAAAAAUUGAAGUCUCCUAUCAUUUCGGGAUGAAAUCAAGAAUCAUAAAAAUCAAAUCUUUGUUUCAAGUGAUAUAAAGGGGAAGAGAAGAGAGGAUUGUCUACUUUGAUAUAGCGGCAUAUCAGAUAAUCAUGUUUGCAAAGGUGGGAAACUGCAUUUGGUAUGAUUAGCAUAUUAUCUGAUUGGAGGGGUCUUUGUUAGGGCGAAAUUCGAGAAAACGGGAUGUCAUGUUUAGGAAUUGAUAGAAACUGUGUGGGUUGGGGAAAUCAGAUCUCCUAGUAGGGAUUUGUGAUGGCCUCAAUCAGAAGAACAUUGUCUCCCGUCCCUCGACCGGGAGGUUUAACCAAUGGUGAGGCUUGUCAAGUGGCGUCGCCUUUGUCCAAGUCGUCUUCCAACAGUCAGAACUACCCUCCACAAGGGGGUUUGUUGUCUUCCUCGUUGGGAUCCUUGGACUAUGCGUUGUACAGAGUACAGAGCUUCGUUCUUGGCCUUUUCUCACAACGAUCUUCAAGGGAUGUUGAUAGGUCGAGGAUGAAGGGGCAGAAUUGGCGGAGGGCGUAUUUACAUUUCUUGUUGUGCUUUGUUGUUGGUAUCUUUGCUGGGCUCACACCAUUUGUACCGAUGAGUAUGUCCGGGAAUUCCUUGCCUAAGCAAGAAGCUUUUGAUUCUGAUGAGUUGCUUGGGUUAAAAAAUGAGAUUUCAAUAGUAGGUAAAGUUUCUUUGCAAAAGAACUCUACAUUGGAGAUAGAGAAGGCGAGUGUUAAAGUUAAUCCUCCUCCUGAUUAUUCACUAUUAAAUAAGUCGUUGGAUCUGUCUCGUGAUGGGGUGUUUGAUAAGCUUCUGAUCAUCAUCACUCCUACACAUGCUAGGCCGCUUCAGGCCUACUUUCUUGAUCGCUUGGCACAAACGUUGAGACUGAUCCGACACCCUCUUCUCUGGAUAGUUGUUGAGAUGAAUUCUCAAUCCAUGGAGACAGCUGAAUUGCUGAGGAACUCCGGUGUCAUGUACAGACAUCUCGUAUGCAGUAUCAAGAACGCAACCGAGAUAACAGAUAGAAGUGCACUCCUUAGGAAUGUGGCCCUCUCACACAUAGAGACACACCGUCUUGAUGGGAUUGCUUACUUUGCAGACGAUGAUAACAUAUACUCUAUUGCCCUCUUCGACCAAAUGAGAAACAUCAGUCGGAUUGGGACAUGGACAACGGCCAAGCUGGUGCAAAGCAGAGACGGAAUUCUUCUGGAUGGUCCGAUUUGUAAUAGCUCCCAAGUGUUAGGGUGGCACGUUGAUGACAAGAAGAAACGAUCUCAGAGAUUCCACGCUGAGAUGUCAGGUUUUGCCUUUAAUAGCACCGUCAUUUGGGAUACAAAGAGAUGGCACCGGCCUACAAAUGAACCUAUUAGGCAGAUUGAGACAGUGAAGCAAGACAAGCAAGCAACCACGUUCAUCGAGCAGCUCGUGGAGGAUGAGAGCCAAAUGGAGUGCUUCUCUGCGGAGACUUCGGGAAUCAUGGUUUGGCAUCACACAUAUUCAUACCCUCAUAACUGGUUUACUAGUAUCUCGAGCACCAUCACUCCACUUGACUGAUGCUUUGCAAUUUUGGUUCAAUACUGGAACCGAGGUGCAGGCGAUGUUUGGUGCCAUCUGCAGCCUCAAGUAAACGAGCUUGUGCAACGAAUCCUUGUCAGAGUCAUGGAGAUUAGACAUCCAGCAGAUUCGUUUGAGCGUCUUUUCCCAGUCUCAGGUCCGAGGUUGGAUAUUAUUCAUGUACAGCUUCUGAAUUUAUAUGAUUACUAGCAUCCAUGGGAGGGAAACAUGCUGCCAUGAAAGCUAGAGUGGUUGGAGUUUUAGCAUAUUUUUGCCAAUAUUAGCCAAUUAUAACUUUUUUUUUGCCCUUCUUCUAAAUUUUCAUGGUGCAAUUGCAACUGUAUUAUGUGUUGAUCUUUGUGAAAGAAAAAGUGCUUUCCUCUCUUCUA